AUGAACAAACUAGAUCCAACUUUGUACAGAAUUGCCUGGAUUGCCCCGCUUCUGAUAGAGGCUCGAGCAGCUAUAUGCUCAUUUGACAAAUUACAUGAGGGUCAGUUUCCUUUAGAUCGUGGUGACGAUCAUGUGUAUAUCGCUGGUGAAAUUGGUGGGCACCAUGCCAUCAUUGCUACCCUACCCACGGGUCAAGAAUAUGGUAAUGGGUCAGCGGCUGCGCUUGCCAGUCAAAUAAAGAAGUUCUUUCCAAAUUUGUGGUUUGGACUUCUUGUUGGAGUUGCGGCGGGGCUCCCAAAUCUGUCAAUAUUCCCACCUCGCGAUAUCCGAUUGGGUGAUGUUCUCGUGGGGCUUCCUGAAGGUGACCACGCUGGUCUGAUUGCCUACGACCUAGGUAGAGAAACAGACAAUGAAGGAUUGAAACUUCUGCAAGAUGGUCAUGUGCUAGCUCCAACCGAGCCUGUUAUCCGAUCCGCGAUUGGCAAAAUCAGACUCUUUGCUCCAGAUGGUAUCGCUACCUUCUUGCAACAUUAUGAAGCUAUUCGGCAAAAGAAACAUGAAGCUGGCGACUUUAACGACCCAGGACAGGACAAGGACCAUUUCUACCAAACAGAUGCUGAUGUCAAACGGAAACGAAGUACGUCAGAUAGCGACUCAGACGAAUACAGCAGGAAAAUUCCUCGACGGAAUAACCACAGACCAUCUUUGCACUCUGACGACAAUAGUGAGGAGUCUUAUUCUGAUGAGCUGCACUUUCCCUAUGGAAAACCUAGCCACGAGAGCCCCAGUGACACUUCGGAGACUUUUGCGGAUAUCGAAAUCGCCGAGGUCCUUCACAUUUCUUCCAAUGGCAUCACAGAUAGAAGUAUCUCGAGUGAAGAGUUGUCUUCCUCGGGAUCGGAAGAAAGUUUCAGUGUGAAGCAUGGGCCCCAAUUUGAAUCCGAUAGUUCCGCUAGCGAUCAGAAUUCGGACUCUUCCGAUCACGCAGAAUGA